GAGGAAAUAGUAUGCCCUUUGGCUUCAAUCAAUGCGUAAAAUUUGACAACGCCCAUCGAAGGAGGUGUCAAAAUUUGUCUGCUUGUUGUUAUUGAACUAAACCAUAAAUUAAAAAUCGGAUAUCUUAGCUUAUGUAAGCAACACAAUGAACGCAUCACCCAGUUUAUUGUUUGUGGUGGUUCCCAAACCUGUUGAGCAACUAUCCAAACAACUACAGUCGAAAAUGGUUGACCCUGUAGUUCUCCAGACCCUGAUUGAUUUUUCAAUUCGUUACUGGAAAGGUGAAGAGAUAUGCAACAGUGAAUGGGAGAAUGUCAUGAAAGAAUCAUACCUUCCUCUAACACUUUUGGAGGAGCUCUUCUCUGGAAUGCUGAAUCUAAUUUUUGCAGUUUUUCGAAUUCCUGAAAAAUUAUUCAUUCCAAAAUUAGUUUGUGAUGAACUAAUCCAGCUUGGAUUUAAAAUGGAACAAGCUGAGCACAUCACAAAUCUAAAAACUACUUCAAAGCCUGAUAUACCAAGUUUUAUGAAGCUUCAUGGUGUAAAGUGGAGAAUUGAUGUUACCAUAUCAACAAGCAAUGUGUGCCGGAUACUGGAACCUUGGAUUUUGAUGGAAUUUAAUUUAAGCUCAGUAGGCCCAAAAACAAUUCAUAUUCCUUUAACACAGUUUCAUAGUCUACGAUAUCAAGUGGCUUCGUGCUUAACUCAGUUAAACAAGCUUUCAGUUUAGUAUUCAGGAUUAGGUAGUAUUGUGUGGAAGUGUAAGUCUGGCCGCUUGCUAAACGAAAAUUUACCAAAAAACACUAUCUUGUUAUAUUAACUGAAUCUGCAUUAUGCAAGCAUAGCAACUCGAAAUUACAUCUCACAUGCUAA